CACCUUCAUGUGACACCUCAGACUCGUUGCUUCAUCUUGAAUGGCAUCCUUUCUUCACCGAACUCAUUUCUAUCUCUUCAGAUUCCUAAACCAAUCCCUCUUCCUUCAAACUCCCUCACUCAGUGCUCACUUAUCCAUUCCUCUCCAAUCAAUCAAUGUCUCCGCCAACACUGCCUUGUCCCCUUCCUCAAGGCUACACCAACCACAUCGAUCAUCCAAUCUUCACUCUCUUCUUCUCCAAACCCACCCACCUCAAAGGACGAGGCCAUAAACCAAGCCAAAACUUCCCUUUUAACGGCCUUAGAGAAGCCCCUCAACAACCCUAAACUAAUAGGUAAACUCAAGAAACUGAAGCAACCCAAGUUUAGGGUUGAAAUUCCCAUUGUGGAUGACUCUCUGGAAUCGGUAGCCCAACUUGCCCUUCAUGUGUUUGAUAAAAUACCUAUUAGAAGAAAAGGUUCUUCCGUUAAGAUUCUGAUUUUAUGGCCCCAUCCCGCCUUAAAAGAAGCUGCCACUAAAGCCUUUCUUUCCCGUUCAUCUACAACUAGCCAAAUUGAACACGUGGAUAUUCCUUCAAUUGCUAAUGUUGAUUCCAGAGUUUUGAAUUCUGCUGAUGUAGCUAUCUUUUUGGUUCCUGAGAGUUCCCAACUGGCCGUCAUGAAAACAGUCACUGAUGUGUUUUAUCCAAAGCCAGUAGUUCUGUUUAACCCCAAAUGGGCUUUUGAGGAGGAGAGCAAUUUUGGUGAUCUGAGUGGGUUUGUGGGUUCAUUUGAAGUGCUUUAUUCUUUUAUGGGGUUGGAGGUAAGGGGGGUAUUGAGCAAACGAAAAGGAGUGAUUUUCAAGUGUGUGAGAGAUGGAGUUGUGAGUGGAGAGAGAUGGGUUGUUCAUGUAGAAGAAGAAGGGGAACUGAAGGUAGUUUCAAGGUUUAAGGCCCGGCCAACCAUUGGUGAAGUUGAGAAUGUUUUGUACAAUCUGAUGGCAAUAAAUUCACCUGUGACAAAAUCUGCGAAGUUUCUCAAGGAUCUGGUGUCCAAUGUAACCGGGAAAAAGUGAGAGUAACUGAAGAAUUGGGGUUCAAUUCAGUUCUGAAAGUAAAACAUGUGAAUAUCUGGAAGAGUUUAGGUACACCACUAUGAUCAUUGUAUGAAUUAAGCUUGUAAUGUUAUCAAAUUCAACUCAGUUCUCAGAUUUUACUUCUUAUGGUUUAUGAAUAGAUAGGUAGUUGCAAUGGUGGAUGUUGCUAGAAUUUAGGAGAUACGUUUUUUCUUUUUCAGAAGUGAAAUCAGAUUGGAAUGGCUCAUCACCACUGUUUCUUCA